GGAAAAACGAAGAGUUGAGAAAAGCAUACACCAAACCCCUAACACGUCGCAGAGAGGGACGAUUGAUUAUGCUGCCCGCAGCAGCAAAUAAACCCUUCUCCCAUUUCAAACACUUCCUCCAUCCUCCAUCUUUAGCCUUCUACGCCACCGUCAUUUCUUCUAUGGAUUCUCCACCCAGAUUCCUCCAACCCACACUCUCGAACUCCGCAGCUCGCUCCCCUCCGAGAUUAUCCGACAUUGGUGACGGGUCGAUAACGUUGCAGGAGUGGCAACGAUGGGGCCCCGUGUCUCCGAUACCUUCCAAGGUUUUGGAGGUUAUCGACGAGUUGAAGCUUCUGGAGAAAAAUGUUGAUACCCAGAUGAGCUUUGGCGGUUCUGGAGGAAAACUUAAGGGCGACUUUAGAACCCAUGAGGAGAAGAAGCACAGAGCAACGUAUUUGGCUUUAGAUGACCCUGAAAGCAAGAUCCAUUUCUAUGCAGCUCGUCAAAUUGCUUGCCGUUUGCUUGGAAGUAGAGGUUAUCUUUGCCAGAAGGAAUUCAAUUGGUUUGCAGUGCUGGCUUCCCUUGGAAGAAGAUUGCAUGUGUUCACUACUGAAGCCAUGUACAUUGUGGCCUGGGAUACGAUUCUGGAUAUAUAUGCAUCCAAAGGAGGCUUUGAUCACAGGACCAACUUCGUGCAGGACUUCUUACGACAGAACAACACUGGGAAGCUGUUGUGGCAAAUUUUUGGACCUCAUUCAGCCACUUUAUGUAUUUUUGGCAUAUCUGAACACGAGGAGAUUAUGUGGAAUGCAUUUAAAUCUGCAGGAAAAAGCAAGGUCUGGUGUCUUUACCCUAAUAAAAAUUCCGUGACAACAUCAGUCCAGGAAGCUUUUGGUCAAGAAUCUUCAGCAAAUCAAGAUAUCACUCCGAAUCUGACAAAUGCAGAUGAAGCUUUGAACUUUCUGUUGAUUGAUGGCACUUGGAGCAACUCUGCUGCAAUGUUCAGGCGGUUGAAGGAACAGUCGCAGUCUGUGUGGGGGGAGGAUCUUCCUUGCAUAUCCUUGGCUACUGGAGUAUCCACGAUGCACAAACUCCGGCCGCAGCCAUCGUGGGACCGUACUUGUACAGCAGCAGCAGCAGCUGGGCUGCUGUUUGAGCUUCAAGAACUUGUAGGGUUCAGCUGCUUUGGCCUGGAGAAGCAGGGUGAAGCGUUGGAGGAUGCUGUCUCUCUUCUUUUGGAUGCUCUAACCACUCGCCGUCUUAGGAUGGCCGACGCUCUUGAAGCCAACAACAGAACAGACCACCCGGGCCGCAGCACGCUCCAACAAGACCAGAAAGACGUCAACCCGAUCGAGGCGAUCGUGAACAAAGCUCGUAAGCAACAAGAUCGAUCCCAUUUUUCGGUGGUUCGAUUAAAGAUCGAUCCCAUUUUUUUCACGAUUCAUCAUAAACUAUCUUUCUUUCUUUGUGUGUGGGUGUUGAAAGCCUGCAACAAGGUGAACUUCGACGCGAUCAGCUACAAGCCGCUGAGGGAGGAGUGCAAGCCGCCGUACCCAGUAGGGCAGUGCUGCGACGCCCUGAAGAAGCAGGCGUGCCCGUACACCGACGCCAUCAACGACGACAAGACGGUGUGCGCUCUGGAUCUGUUCUGGAACAUCAACAAGUGGUACCCGGCGGGAUGGUUCCUCCAUCACUGCAAAGAAGGCCCCCAUGGCAUCCGCUGCGGACCCGAUGAUUACAAGCACAAAACCUCCGCUGCUGCCCCUUCCCCCAAAUCCGACGACGCAACUGGAUCCGGAUCCGAUAAAAAGGGAUCUGAUCACAAAAACUAGAGAAACUAUGAGCACCAUUAAGGCAAUUUUUGGUUUUUUUUUUGUUCUCCAUUCUCGCCAAUUUUACAAAAUAUGUGUAAUUUCUCACAGAGCUAUAUUCCUUCGCAUAUAAUAACUGAUUAAUUUUUGUGUCAUUCUCAAUGGUAGUUUUUGGAGGGGAAGUAGUAAUCCCUGUGGUUACUAAGGGUGAAUUGGGUGUGAAAAAA